AUGAUUGUCAAAUCCUCCCUCCUGCUGCUAGGCGCGGCCUUCGCCUUCGCCGCCGACCAAAUUCCGAUCGGCGAGAGCUCAGCAUGCCUGGCCUCCGCUACUCCUAAUAACUGCUGCACCGGUGGAGCAAAGACUGGCCAGGUGUCCAUUAACUCCCGCACCUUCAAGUUCACUUGCGGAUCGAACUUGAUAUCUCUCAAUCCACGAAAUGCUCAAAAGGUCGACGAUGCCCAUGCCUGUGCAUCGCUUUGUGCAAACGAUGUGUCUUGUGAGGCAUCAUCUUUUAAAGGCUAUGGCAAGGCAGCCCGUGGUGGCAGUAACUGCUUCUUUGUCAUAGGUGACAACAUGGACCAGAAGUCCGAUGAAGAGUGGAUUACCUUCACAGAAGUACUUCCAUCCUGUCUGGAGUCCGACAACCCCAAUGCCUGCUGUUCUGAUCCAUCAAAGCAAGAAGACGAGGUUCUAAUUGACAACGUUCGUUGGAAAUGGACCUGCACAUCUAUCUUGAGUUCUCUCAACCCGAACAACAAACCAGCAGCCAAUGCUCACGAAUGUGCUAAGCUUUGCGCAUCAGAGGGGUGUGACGCAAUUUCCUUCCGGACAAAGGGCACUCGAAAGGAUACCUGCUUCUUCGCCAGAGGCUCCAACAAAGACCAAAAGCCUUCCGCAGCGUUCCUAACACUCGUUAAGGUCGUGGAUGAUAUCGCCGAAGACCCAAUUCCUGAACCAAAUCUCGAUUGCAAAGAGUGCGUUGAGGAGAAGAAUCAAUGCAUCAAUGACAAGGAUCAGUGCUUCAAGGAUAAAGUGGAAUGUGUCAGAGAAAAGGACACAUGCAAAGAAGAACUCGAGGAAGCAGACCACAGUCUUCAAACGUGUCAAAACAACCAGGUAGACCCUGCAAAAUUGACUCAGUGUGAAAAUGACAAAUUGGCGCUACAAUCCGCUGAAGAGGACUGCCGUCGGAACGCUGCCGAGUGUGAAAAAGAAAAGGGUGACCUGAGCAUCGAGAAGCAGAAGUGUGAGAACGAGAAGAAUGACUUGAACAUGGAACUUACCCAUCAGGACGAUGAGAUCGCAGGGCUCAUCUCGCAGAUCACAUCACUCAAAAGCAAGAUGGAUGCGCUCCAGCAGUCCUAUGAUACCCUCAAUGUCGAUUGCAACGGGGAAGGCGCAGAUGGGAAAUGUCGCACGAACCUGUUUGACGCUGAGCCUCGUGAUGAUCAAUGCAUCAUCGCUGCUGGAAAUGAGAGAUUCAAGAUUCACUACGCUAAGUUGGAUGAUCCUAGCGCGCCGAAUUUGGGUACUCCUAAGGCAAGCUCUUUCAAAGACUGUGCUGAGAAGUGCGCAAGCUAUUCAGGCCCAAAAAAGUGUGUUCGAUUCAUAUGGAAGACUGACGGCAAAGACCGAGCUUGCUACAUGCGAUCUCACGGAGGGAACACGGCUCCCACCCAGUCGUCGCUGUUCAGUUCUGGGCAUCUUCUUUGA